UCUGCGGCAAAAUAAACAAAGACCACUUUACUACUACUCGGUACUCAUACACAAAGAGGUGGACUUCGCUUUGGUCUCCAUCCAUCUUUCUCAGUAGCAGAGCAAUGGCCACCCACGCUCUCGUCGCCGUCGCCGUCGCCGUGCUCCUCGCAGUCUGUGCUGCUCCGGGAGCGCUUGCGCAGACUGUGCAGGUAUGGUCCUCGUGCUCGCCGGGGAACUACACCGCGGGGAGCGCCUACGGGGCCAGCGUCCGCGGCGUGCUCAGGGACGUGGUGGUCGCCGCCGGCCGCUCCCGCUACGGCUACGCCACCGUGGUCCGCAGCCGGCGGGAGGAGGAGGAAGGACCGGACGGGCUGGCCUUGUGCUACGCGGACGGGGGGCCGCCGGAGGUGUGCAGGCUGUGCCUGCGCAUGGCAGCCGGGAACGUGACGCUGGCGUGCCCGCACGCUGCGUCCGCGGCCAUAUUGUACAACAACUGCCUGCUCCAGUACACGGACUCGGCGGCGGGCGAGAGGGAGCUCUCGCGGCCAGAGGCGGACACGGUGCAGAGGUUCUCCUUCUACAACAACAACAUGAACAGCGCCGACGAGGCCGACAGGUACGGCGCCGCGCUCAAUCGGCUCAUGGACCGCCUCGCUCCCGCCGCCGCCGAGGCCGGAGCGAACGGCCAGCCGCGUCCCCUCGCCGCAUUCGGGCAGACCAACAUCACGGCCAACGAGAGCCUGUACGGGUUCGCGCAGUGCGUGGCAGUCCUCUCCCCUGACGACUGCCGCCUCUGCCUCCAGAGAAUCGCCGCGUCGUUGCCCGUGACGAAAGGAGGACGGGCCUACUCGCUGACAUGCUACACGAGGUUCGAGGUGGUGCCCUUCUACAUGCCGCCCAACACAACGAGGAUCGUCGUGGCGCCGGCGCCGGCGGCGUCGUCCUCCUCGACGUCGUCGUCGCAACCUGCAGCGGAUUCCUCCUCGUCCUCAAGAGCUUCUAAGCAUAGCAAGUUGCGCACAAUUGUGGCAGUUUCAACCGUUGGAAUCAUUGUUUUGGUCACAACGUGCUUCAUUAUUGCUUUGAAGAUUCACAGAAGUGGGAGAUUUCCAUUGCAAUCAUUGGUAAGAAAAGACUACAACAGCCGUAGGGACAAAAUCAAGGAGAUGUUGGGCAAUUACGGCUCACUGGCUCCCAAGAGGUACACCUUCUCACACCUCAAGAAAAUAACCAAAUCUUUUAGUGAGAAGCUUGGGGAGGGUAGCUAUGGCAUGGUAUACAAGGGCGCCCUACUGAAUGGCCACCAUGUCGCUGUCAAGUUCCUUCGUGACACGACCGGAAAUGGAGAGGAAUUUGUAAACGAGGUCAUUAGCAUUAGAAGGACAUCUCAUGUCAAUAUUGUCACUCUGCUUGGUUUCUGUUUGGAGGGUUCAAAGAGAGUUCUCGUCUAUGAUUAUAUGCCAAACGGCUCACUAGAGAGGUUCAUCUACGCCGAGAAUUCCAAAGAAACUCUUGAAUGGGACAAACUAUACGAGAUUGCAAUGGGCAUAGCGAGAGGAUUGGAAUAUCUUCACCGAGGAUGCAACACACGAAUCAUACACUUUGACAUAAAGCCCCAAAACAUCCUCCUAGACCAGGACUUCGUUCCAAAGAUCGCUGAUUUUGGCCUGGCGAAAUUGUGCAACCCCAAGGAGAGCUACCUAUUGUCGAUGGACGGCAUGCGGGGCACAGUUGGUUUCAUUGCACCUGAGGUCUUCUCGAGGUGGUUUGGAAUUGUGUCCACAAAGUCGGACGUGUACAGCUUUGGUAUGGUGCUCCUAGAGAUGGUCGGAGGAAGGAAGAACUUUCGAGAAAGUGUGGAGAGAGAAAGUGAGGUGUACUUCCCGGAUUGGGUUCACAGUCACCUAACCCAAUUUGAGAGCUUGCAAUCAUUUGACUUGUGGCCAGAUGAACAUGAAGAGAUUGCAAAGAAGAUGGCCACCAUCGGGCUCUGGUGCAUACAAAUAUCGCCAGCAUCUCGCCCGACCAUAAGCAAGGUUUUAGAAAUGUUUGAACGAAAUAUUGACCAACUUGAGAUACCGCCAAAGCAGUUCAUGUACUCACCUAUACAGGAUGACUCAAAUGAUGAACAGAACGAGAGCCCAGUUUGAAGUUUCUAUGGACAUUGACAGCACUACCUGGCUAGUAGCUAGGCAAGUUCCUAGGUUUGGAGGAAGUACCUCAGGCAUGGCGAGGUGCCAUGGAUAUUUAUUUCCGAAGUCUCAAGAAAGAUCCGCUUUACAUGUUUUAGAUGCAAAAAAUGUAAGUAACUAAUUAAGACAGAUCCUUUGUUGCGUGGCCAUAGCCGAUCAACCUUCUGCAUGUACAGAAAAAAUGAUUAUUCAUUCAACUACAAUUAAGCACGUGCACGUUCA